AUGAGUACUACCUCUCCUCCUGACUUUUCAAAUUCCAGUUCUGCAAAAAAUACUAAACUAAAAUCUUUUUUGUCCCGCUUGAAUGAUCUCAAUAACUUUUACGAGACUGUACAAGAAAAUAUGGGUGUUGAGGGUGUCAACUGUAGGUACUAUGAUACAGACGAAUUUACAUCAUUAAACUUGGACAACAUGAAAGCUCUUUCUUUUUUUCACAUGAAUAUAGCAUCUCUGAGUCUCCUCAUCAAUACUUUCGCAAUCGACUUCGCCCAUUCCCACCACACCCGUGCUGCUGACAAAGGCUUUUUGAAUCUACCUCUUGUUCAUUCAACUGCGUUUGAUAAAAUCAUCCCAAGUAAUGUUUCACUUUCAAAUUAUACAAUUGAGCACACUCCAUGUGAUGGAGAAAAGGGGGGAGCAUUACUUUAUGUAUCCAACAGUCUUAAUUAUACCACUCGUGUUGAUCUAGAUAAACUUGCCUAUAGGUCACUUAAAGUAGAAUCUAAAUUUAUUGAAGUCAUUCGCAAAAACCGAAAAAAUGUUGUUGUAGGUUGUAUCUACAGACAUCCUAAAAUGCCUGUUGAGAUCUUCAACAAUGAUAUUUUAAUGCCUCUCCUGGAAAAAAUCUCGCUUGAAAAAAAAUCUCUGACACUGAUGGGUGACUUCAACAUCGAUAUUAUGCAAGUAAAUACUAAUACUCAUGCAACAAAUUUCUUAGAUAUUAUUAAUUCUUUUGGACUUUUUCCUCAUAUCGUCCUGCCUACUAGAGUGACUGAGUCAAGUCAAACUAUCAUAGAUAAUAUUUUCACUACCCUUGAUGAAUUGAACACUAUUUCUGGUAAUGUUAUAACAUGCAUCUCUGAUCACUUGCCUCAGUUCCUUAUUAUCAAUGGAACUAAUGAAAAGUCUAAGCCACAAAAACUGAAAGUGAGAGACUGGUCUAAAUUUAACGAAACCAAUUUCUCAAAUGAAGUCUCUGCAUUAAAUUGGGAAAAUGUACUUUGUACAGGUGAUAAAGAUGUAAACACAUCUUUUAACAAUUUCUUCAAAGCCAUUGAGGACAUUUUGGAUAUCCAUGUUCCAUAUAAAACUAUAUUAUCAAAAAAAUCAAAAAAUGAACCACAAAAUCCUUGGAUGACCAAAGGUAUUCUAAAAUCCAUGAAAAUCCGUGACAAACUUUAUAAAUCUUUUAUGUGUGCAAAAAACCCUAUCAUUAAGUCUAACAUCCAAGAAAGAUAUAAAAGAUAUCGUAAUAGGAUUGUAUCCUUGUGUCGAACCAGUAAGAAGAAUUACUAUUCUGAUUAUUUCAAAAAAAACAUCCAGAAUAUUGGUAACAUUUGGAAAGGUAUAAGGUCCUUAAUCUCUUCUAGUAGUCGCAAUGAAUCUAAUUUAAUCUCACUUAACAUUAAUAAAUCUAUAACCACAGAUCCCUUAACUGUAGCCAAUACUUUCAACAACUUUUUUUCUUCUGUCGCAACAAACCUUCGCAAGAAAAUUCCUCACACACCUAAAAACUUUAAUCAGUUUCUAAAAAACAGUGUACCCAAUUCAAUGUUCCUGUCACCCACCACUCCAGAGGAGAUUUUGAAAUAUUUAUCUACUAUAAACUCUAAAAAGUCCAGUGGUGUUUUUCCAACUCAACUUAAAUUAACUAAAGUCAUCCCUAUUCACAAGAAAGAAUCCAAACUCGACUGCACAAACUAUAGACCAAUCUCAUUGUUAUCAAAUAUUAACAAAAUUUUUGAGAAACUGAUUCAUGAUAGACUUUAUAAGUUCCUUAACAAAAACAAGGUCCUAUAUUCACAACAGUUUGGCUUUAGAAAAAUUUAUUCCACUUCACAAACCUUGCUUAACAUGAUUCAAAAAAUUGCUGACAACCUAGACAAAGGUAAUUAUGUUUGUGGAAUUUUCGUAGAUCUCCAAAAAGCUUUCGAUACUGUUGACCAUGAAAUCUUAUUGAAAAAAUUGUUUCAUUAUGGCGUUAGAGGUAAUGUCUUAAAUUUAUUAAAAUCCUAUCUUUCUGACCGUGAUCAGUUUGUCUCCAUUAAAGGUAUUUUCUCAAAUAAGGUAUUUAUGAAGCAUGGUGUUCCUCAAGGAUCUGUACUUGGCCCACUUCUUUUCUUGCUCUAUAUUAAUGACUUACACGAAGCAAUAAAAUUUUCCCUAGUUCAUCACUUUGCUGACGAUACAAACUUGCUGCAUUUUAAUCCCUCAUUGAAAUCCCUCGUCAAAAAAGUCAAUCUUGGCUCAGUGCUAACAAAAUAUCUCUUAAUGCUAGUAAAACGGAAUAUAUACUCUUUAGACAUCCCUCUAAACCCUUUAACUGUGAAGUUAAGCUUUCUAUUGGUGGUUUUUCCUAGUGAAACUAUAAAAUAUCUUGGUGUACUGCUUGAUUCUAACCUAGGAUGGAAGUCCCAGAUUAAUUCAGUUGCAACCAAAUUGAAAAAGGUUAAUGGAAUCAUUGCAAAAAUAAGACAUUAUGUGCCAAUGGAUGUUCUUCUGUCAGUUUAUAAUGCUCUUUUCCACUCAAAUCUAAAUUAUUGCACCCAAGUCUGGGGUCAGUCCAUAAGUUUACAAGUGAACCGAAUCACUGUCCUUCAAAAUUGUGCUUUACGUCUUAUGAAUUUUGCCAACCAUAGAACAAAUGCAAACCAAUAUUAUAAAGAUUUAGGCAUCCUUAAAUUCACAGAUACUGUGAAACUGCAAAAUGUAUUAUUUAUUUAUAAAUUAUUUCACAACAAUCUACCUGUUCCUCUGAUUGGUACCUUUUCAAUUGACUUCUCUCACUCUCAUAAUACUCGUGCUAACAGCCUAGGCCUUAUAAAUUUGCGUGCUGUUCGUACUUCUGCAUUUGAUCAAAGCGCAAUGUUUCCGGUACAUGUUGCACUAUUUACCUGCGCUGUUACUCGUGCAGUCCAUCUGGAUGUAGUACCCGAUCAGUCAGCCUCGUCGUUUAUACGAACUUUAAAACGAUUUAUAGCCAGGCGCGGCAUACCUACGUUAAUGAUUCCCGACAACGCAACGUACUUUAAAAACGAAGAACUUAGGUUAAGUGAAGAGUUAUCGAAAUUAAACGUAAAAUGGAAAUAUAUAGUUAAAGCAGCCCCAUGGUGGGGCGGAUUUUGGGAACGUUUGGUUCAAUCUGUUAAAAGGUCAUUAACAAAGGCCUUGUUUCGAAGUAGUAUAUCUUAUGAAGAACUUCAAACGGUGCUAUGCGAAGUUGAAAGCCUUCUUAACUGUAGACCUUUAACAUACGUCUAUAACGAUGACAUCGAAGAGGUGCUCACUCCAUCACAUUUAAUGCAUGGUCGCAACAUAUGUAGGCCUUGCGUUCAGUCUGGAGAUGCGGACGAACUUGAUAGCAAGGCAAAACUUUUAAAACGAGUGAUGUACAUAAAGGCCGUAAAGGAGCAUUUUUGGAAUCGAUUCAGUAACGAAUACAUAACCAAUCUGAGAGAGUUUCACGCACAAGGACCAAGUCACAGUCGUUCUGUUGAGCUUGGAGAAAUAUAG